AUGGUUGAACCUCCACGCGAGCACUAUGUGGACGAACUGCGCUCCAAUUCGCGCUCGAACUCGCAUCGUUCAUCUCCGUUUACUGUCAGGGCUACAGAUCCUACCACUAGUGUAAACUUAACGUCUUCUUUUUCAUCCAAUUCACGCCCGUUUGCAGAUGAUUCAAGCGGUUAUUUAGAUCUGGCAUCGGAUCAGCAAUCGGUAAACACGAGUCGUCUCCAUCUGGAAAAUCAAUUGUUGCAAUCGAUGCGAUCGCUGGACCUAUCGCCUAGAGACCACGCCGUUAGCAAUGAAAUACCGUGUUUAUUUGAAACAAGGGACCCUGAAUCUGUGUCACCAGCGGCUCUACCUCAAGAAAAACAGUUUUUUAUUUUAUCUUCAGCCGGGAAGCCCAUUUUUUCCAUGCAUGGCAAAGACGAGCUGGUAAUGGGCCUCAUGGGUAUUAUAAACACCGUUACCGACUAUUUCAAGGUGCACGGUACGAAAUUUCGCUCUAUGACCAACUCGGGUGAAAAUUGUGUGAAACAAAAACUCGUUUUUCUCGACAAGAGCCCCAUUCUUUUAAUGGCAUUUUCAUCUCGCGAGGAAUCGGUGAACGACCUCUCACAGCAGCUUGAUUUUUUGUACUCAUACCUCAUUUGCACUUUGAGCCGACGCCAGCUAACCCGCUUAUUUUCAAAACGUGAAAACUUCGACCUACGUCACUUUCUCACCAACACGGACUUUGAGAACCUGACACAUAUAUGCGAAUCCAUUGCCAAUGGUUUCAACCCUGAUUUUCUGCUAGGGGCUCUAAGAUGUCUCACAAUGCGCAAGUCAACUCGCCAGGCAUUGCAUACAGCCAUGCUGACACACGUGCAGAGCGCAGAAGCUGCUAAUGAGAGAGGGACGGUCUUGUACGGUCUCAUAGUUGCACCAGGAGGGCAAUUAUGUGCCGUACUAAGGCCAAGAGGUCAUACCCUGCAUACGACAGAUCUACAUCUUCUGUUUUCGCUCAUUUUCAACCAGUUCCAGGGGUUGCAAGAUGAUCAAGAACUUUGGCUACCUAUCUGUUUCCCAAAGUUCAAUUCCAGUGGUUUUUUGCAUUGUUUUAUAAGGCGUUUGCCCCCUCAGCUCACUUCAAGAAGCCAAAAUCGCGACGCUCCUGAGUCAGAAAUACAAAACACACAUUCGGAGGCUCAACCAGAGGAGGCUAUAGUACCUCCUUCUCCGACACCUGCACUUGUGCUUAUAAGCGCUCAAAAGGAGAGCUUCUUUGAGCUAAAAAAAAUAGGUCAAAAGAUUGUGGACGAUUUAGUCAGUAAGAGCCUCUUGGAACACAUCGCAACGGCAUCCAAAUUUGGCUUCACCAUGGCCGAUAUACCCGCCAAAUUCGUUCACCACUUCAUCUACAAGUCUAAAAAGCAUGUUCAGUAUGUCAUGCCGCGACUCCAAGAGCUCGACCUGUACAAUAACGACCCGUAUGACGAUAGGACAAACACUUUCACCGCAAAACACGGAGAUGGCGAAAGUGAAGAAGAUGAUGCUGACAACCACAAACGAGAAAAGCAUAAAAAUUAUCUCUACAAACUUAUGCGAACUUACACUCACAUUCGGAACAAUGUCAUAGAUCAAAAUGGGACUCCGCUCAACAGGUCUGUUUUGAGCUUUGUGCAGUGGUCAAGUGACGGCCUGCCGAUAAGCGGUCUGCCACACGGUGAAAUCGUUGAUGUUUUAUGCUUAGCGUGGCUUACUCCGACUUUCGAGCUUUUCUUGAUUUGCAACAAUGGUGCAAGUGACCGAAAUGCUGUAUUGAAAAGUGCAAAGGCAAUCGUCGACUGGUGUCGCAAAAACGAGGACAGGCUAUUUGUUAAAAAUGGUGCAAUUUUUUGA